GAAACCUGCGGGGAUUAUUUUUGAGUUGAGGAAUUCGUUUUUGUAUACAAACAAAUGAAUUUCAUUCUUCUUAUCAACCGUUCAUCGAUGGCGUUUGGGGGACAGAAGAAUGAGAUAAUAUGGCCGAAGAAACGUCUACAGAUCCUGUAGGAGAGAAAGGGGUGACCGGUAACGCUGAAGAGGAUUGGCAGAUAUUUGACAUUCUCUGUAGAGGAAACAAGAUGGAUGAAAACGAAGUGGACAUAACAACUGCCCUAAAGAGCGAGUUAGCUGCUCUUCAGUACAAGCGAGAUCGACUCACAGCAGAAUUGGAAGAUAUGAGGUGCCAGUUCAGAUCUCGAGAUCAAAGAUGCUUAGAGCUUCAGGUGGAGGCAGAGCAGCUGAGAGAGCAAUCUGCACGUCAGAAUGCCAUAAUAUCAUCGCUGAAGAAACGAAUUCACGACCUGGAAGACAGAGAGAGAAACCUAUACUCGGCCCAGAGUAGGAGCGAAAUAGCCUAUCAAACUGCCUUAAGAGACAAUAAAUACCAUGAAGAAAAAAUAAAAGAUUUGGAACAGAAAUUGAGGAGCACCGAAAUGGACCUUACUUCUCAAGAGCAGAAGAAGGAAUCUGCUAGGUUGCAGAUGCAAGAUUUCAUCAGGAGAUUGUGUGUUGCUUUGGGGUCGGAUAUAAGUGAUAGUGCUCAUAUGUCCCCAGAAGCUUUAGUGCAUAAGGCUUCAGAAUUAGUACAGGACACUUCCCGUUUGAGGAGCAGGACUACCAACAUUAAUGACACGUUAGCAACGGUGGAACUUGAAUUGAGAACGUGUCGAGAAAACUUAGAAAGGGCAAUAUCGGAUAAGGAAUGCCUACAGAGGCAAGCAGCAUCUCAAGCUCUGGAAAUCGACAGGCUGAAGCAAGAAAAAGAAUCGUUGGAGAUGCUACACAGAUCAAAUGAGAGAGAGUUGGUGGAACUGAGAGAAAAGCUUUCCUAUUCGAACAAAAGUUUGGGUUCUGCAAGUGGAAAUCUCGCCCAGCAGGAAGCAACAGUUUGCCAGUUGAGAGAGGAAUUAAAAACACGUGAUGAAAGAAUACAGCGUAUCCAGAAUGAAAAUCGUCAUUUUUUGGAAUCAUUGGCCAUCUUAUUGAGCACACCCUCACGUUUCGUCGAGUCUCUUGAAGUAACAAUCAAGGAUCGAAUAAGAGAUUUAACGACGGAGAUCAAGGAAAAAACUGCGCAAUUGGAAUCAACAAAAGAGAACCUCAAUACCGAGCAGCAGCAGUUUUCUCGUCAGAUAUCCUUGUAUGAUCAAGCCACUGCCAGGAUACGAAGUCUUGAAGAUGAAAAAGCUCAUUUAGAAUCUCGUUUGAAUAAAGCUGAGAAUGAUAUAACAAGUUGCGAAAUGGCUAAAGAUGGAUUCAGGAGGGACAAGCAAACGUUUUUGAACUUUUUGGAACGUCUUGCUAGAGCUCUAAAUAUGGAAGAAAUGGCUAAUGAUAUCGGAGUGGAUUUGCAUACAGAAUCUCUUUUGCUGAGAGCUGAACAAUUGUCCAGAUUAGAAAGUGACAAGUUAGUUGAUAAGACUGCUUUGGUAUAUCAACUCCAAAGAAGAGUUCGGAAUCUGAGAGAACAGGUGCAGAGGAAAGAUCUUCAUCUAGAUCUCUUGAGAAGGAAACUAAAUCUACAAGAAGACAAUAUGAAGAAUAAAUGCAUACUACAGAGCGAAAGGGAUGAAGCCAACGCACGAAUCAAAAAAUUGAUCAAACAAGUGGAUCACCUUCAGGUUCAACUAUCAGAAGCGAAGUCGCAUAUCAGAGAUCUUAAUAGUCAAUUAGCGGAAGCUGCAGAUUAUAAGAUAACUGCGUUGGAGAGAGGAAGAAAAAUAGAAGACCUCCAAAAGAGACUGAUAGAAUCGGAAACACUUCGAACCAAAUACAACAGGAAACUUACUCAGCUCAAGGAUCAAGUAAGAACCACUGGAGAAACAAUAGAUCAAGAGAGAAAUAUAAGCGAGCAUUCGAUGCAGCUUCUAAGAGAUGAACUAUCCAGAGUGAAGGACACUCUAUCGGAAAUUCAGAGAAGGGAAGCUCAGCUACAAAGUUUUAAAUCUUCAAUUGCCAAGAUCCUCGGAGUUGCACUGCCGAUGCCAGACUACGAAUUGAUUGGGAGGUUGCAGAAGCUGGUAGAUGCACACCACGAUUUCACAUUGGUAUCUCGGAGAUAUGACGAUCCAGUUCUGAGACUUGCCACCAGAAGCCCAACGGGUGGUAGCAGAGUUUCUAGGACACCAGAUCGGUCUAGAUACGAUGAUUCUGGAUACACAGAUGGCGUGGAUAUAGACGACAUUGACGAUGAUUUAUUCAAGAGACCUUCCAGGCCUAUAUGACAUACGCAUUUCGAUGUCUGAGACAUCGGGAAGAUAGACUGAUGAAAUAUUAGGAAGACACCUAGAAAACAAUCUGGUGUAUAAUGUAUAGCUGUAGGAAAAUAUUGGGAUGCUUCUCCAAACCACGAUAUAAAGGAUGUAGGUACUGUAGUUGUUGAAUGAUAAAAGUUGAUGUAAACAUGGAAUGUCAUAUUGAAAAUCCCUCAGUGAAUCUAUUUUCAACAGAGUCUAUGAAUUGAAACAUGUA